AUGACUUCUCCUUCCACUUGGCUUCACUUGUCGCCUUCCCUGUCUCUCUCUCUCUCUACAGCUUCGUCUUACUUCCUUGUUACUUCUGACCGCUUACAUGCCCUACUUUCUUCUCUGCAAAUUCAUGGCGUCGUCUCUUCUGCCCAAUUCGUGAUCAAUGGAGAGCCGAGCUACUUUCUCUGAUUCUAACGAUUUCAGCGGAAGCAGCAGCAUAUGCUGCUUGACCCCCACCGAAACCCUCUCGCAAGAAGUCUGCGCGCCCGACAUCGCAGCCCUACGGCGACUCUCUGACAGCCUCGAGUCUGUCUUCGAGUCGCCGGACUCCGGCCUCUUCUCCGACGCGAAGAUCGUCGUUGCCGGUGGCCGGAAAGUCCACGUCCACCGAUGCAUCCUCGUGGCGAGAAGUCCUUUCUUCAGGGCUGUAUUCUCCGGGGGAGGAGCUCCUGUGGAGCUCAAAUUGAAGGAACUGGCGAGUGACUUCGACAUCGGGUUCGAUUCGCUUGUGGCUGUUUUGAUUUAUUUGUAUAGUGGAAAGGUGAGGCCGUUGCCGAGAGGCGUUUGCGUCUGCGUCGACGAGGACUGCGUGCACGUUGCGUGUCAACCCGCGGUGGAGUUCUUGGUGGAAGUGCUCUAUGCCUCGUUCCUGUUUCAGGUGUCUGAAUUGGUCGCUCUUUAUCAGAGGCACCUACUUGACAUACUUGACAAGGUUUCUAUGGAUGAUAUUUUGGUGAUUUUAUCUGUUGCAAAUAUGUGUGAUAAAGCUUGCGAGAGAUUGCUGACAAGGUCUAUUGAGAUAAUUAUCAAAUCUGAUAUUGAUUCCAUAACUAUUGCAAAAGCCUUACCUUCUCAUAUUGUAAAACAAAUCAUGGAUUCACGUUUGGAACUUGGUUUAGAUGGACCUGGAAACAGCAUUUUUCCUGAUAAACAUGUGAGGAGAAUACACAGGGCUUUGGAUUCAGAUGAUGUUGAGUUAGUUAGAAUGCUAUUGAAAGAGGCGCAUGCUACUUUGGAUGAGGCAUGUGCACUCCACUAUGCUGUGGCAUAUUGUGAUGCAAAGACCACAACAGAGCUUCUUGAUCUUGGACUAGCUGAUGUUAACCAUAGAAAUUCUAGAGGCUACACAGUGCUGCACAUUGCUGCAAUGAGGAAAGAGCCUAAUAUUAUAGUAUCCCUUCUGACAAAGGGAGCCAGAGCGUCUGAUCUUACAUUAGAUGGUAGGAAGGCCCUUCAGAUCUCAAAAAGAGUCACCAGGGCUGUUGAUUACUAUAAAUCCCCUGAAGAUGGAAAACCUACUCCCAAGGAUCGGUUGUGUAUAGAGAUACUGGAGCAGGCAGAAAGAAGAGAUCCAUUACCUGGAGAAGCACCUGUUUCUCUUGCAAUGGCUGGUGACGAUCUGCGUAUGAAGUUGUUGUACCUUGAGAAUAGAGUUGGGCUAGCAAAACUUCUAUUCCCCAUGGAAGCAAAAGUCGCAAUGGAGAUUGCUCAAGUGGAUGGCACUUCUGAGUUUUCUUUAGCAGAUAUUAGGUCUAAAAAUGGUGCCCAGUCAGUGGACUUGAACGAGGCUCCUUUCAUAAUUAAAGAGGAGCAUCUAAGCAGGAUGAGAGCGCUCUCCAAAACAGUGGAACUUGGAAAGCGCUUUUUCCCUCGUUGUUCCAAUGUACUCAAUAAGAUCAUGGAUGCGGAUGACUUAUCAGAGCUAGCUUACCUUGGUAAUGACACGCUAGAAGAAAGACGCUUGAAGAAGAGAAGGUACUUGGAGCUCCAAGAAGUUCUAGGCAAAGCAUUCAAUGAAGAUAAAGAGGAGUACGAUAAGUCUGGCAUCUCAUCGUCUUCUUCAUCAACAUCUGGUGUGACUAGGUCAACAUCUGGGCCAGCAAGGUCAAAUGGUAAACUCACCUGCAGAAGAUAAAUUAAUGUUCUAUAAAUAUAGAUGUAGAGAUACACCUAACUGUUGUUCUUCCUCUUGUUGUGUCAUAUGUCUUCAUUUUUCUGCCAAUUGUCUAAAAAGAAAUUAGUAAUAAAUCCAGAUUGUGUGUAACAUGAUUUUGAUUCAUCUCUUUAAUAAGAGGAGGAUGAUUCAAUUGUUUUC